GAAGUCGACUUUGCGCAAGCGCAGCAGCCGCACGUGUUGUUUUGGAACUAGAAGUGGAUUUUGCAAAAAAAAUAGCUCGUAGCUAGAUAUUCAUAUUUGAAUAGCUUCACCACGAUGUUUACGUUGUUUGUCGUCUCAAGGUUUCUCGUGUAGGUCUCUGCUCGGACUCUUAGUCGCUGCUAUUAGCUGUUCCCCAAAUCAAGCGAUAGAAAACAGCUGGAUUUUAAAGAAAGCUAACUAGUCUGCUAGUUUAGCACUCUGUCGCUGCAGCAUGGCAGCUGUACUGGGACUGAUCGCUGGGAGCUACGAGCAGAUAGCCUUUGGUUACCGAGUAAUAACUGACCAAAAAGAGUGGAGAAGCGAGGCGGACUUCACACAUCACGCCCACACAGCUUCCAUAUCGGCCGCGGCCGCCAGCGAGAGGUUUGUUGCCACAGGAAGCAAAGAUGAGACGAUCCAGCUGUACGACAUGAAGAAGAGGACGGAGCUCGGAGCUCUGCUGCAUCAUGACGGCACCAUCACCUGUCUAGAGUUUUAUGGGACUGCUCACUUACUGAGCGGAGGAGAGGAUGGACUCAUUUGUGUGUGGAGCAAAAAGAAGUGGCAGUGCCUGAAAUCCAUCAAAGCUCACCAAGGUCAUGUCACAUCGCUGUCCGUACAUCCGUCUGGGAAACUUGCUCUUUCAGUCGGGACAGAUAAGACUCUCAGAACGUGGAAUCUAACUAACGGACGAUCGGCUUUCAUCAAAAACAUAAAGCAGAAUGCACACAUCGUCAAGUGGUCUCCAGUCGGGGAUAGAUAUGUGGCCGUGGUGAAUGACAGAGUGAACAUCUACGACCUGGAGACAGCCUCUGUGAUAGGAACAGUCACAAACCCAAAGAGGAUCUCGUCCAUUAAGUUCGUAAAUAACUCCGUCCUGGCCGUCGCAGGAGACGAUGCAAUUGUGAGGUUUUGUGAUCUGGGAAAAGAGAAAUGGGUGUGUGAGUUUAAGGCUCAUGAAACCAGAGUGAAAGCGAUUGACAGUUUCAUGAUGGAGGAUUACUGCGCGCUGGUAACGGCUUCAAACGACGGAUUCAUCAAAAUGUGGAAACUCUAUCUAAAAGAGGAGCUGGAGUCUCCCACUCUCCUCGGGGAAGUGAACACAACGGCCAGACUGACGUGCCUGGCUGUGUGGAAACCUUCACCAGUGCAGCAGACCGCUGAGGAACCUGCAGCUGCGGCGACAACAUCUAAAGAACUCAUUCAGGAGCUUUCGAAGACGAAGAGAGUCCGAAUUGCAGCAGAAGAAGUUAUUCUGGAAGAUGAGAGCAAGCCCAAAAAGAAGAAAUAGGGCGGUGGAAAAUAAAAUGAAAAAAUAAUCAAUGGUUUAUCAUCCUUGGACUGUUUUAUAUCUGGACUUACUUGGACUUAUGUGUUUUUUGUGGUUGCCAUAAGGGGGUCGUAAAGUACAUAUUUUGUGAAAUAAAUUUAGCAUUGAACAUACCUUCAAAUUUGUCACCUUUCGGCGAAAUUCGCCGUUUUUGAAUCAAACCAGGUAAUCCACGUGAACCGUGUAGAUCCGAAGAGUUUUUGUUUGGGGGGGGGGUCAACUGGCCCGCUGGCUUUGAGAUUGCAGUGAGACGCUGAGAAAAUGUGAUGUGGUGAUCUUCGCAAUAAAACAUCUUUGAUGGGA